AACUCUUCCAUAUCAAGGCUUUCCUUUGCUUUGCCGAUCAUGGAAACCUCUGUGGAGAGAUGGUGGAUCCUGCCCUUAACCCUAUCUCCAAACAUCUUAAAAGGCCCGUCAUCACCUUCUUCUUCAUCAUCUUCGAUUGCACUCACUCUCUUUUCCAUUGCCAUCCUUGCCAUUCUGGCAUGGCUAGCCAACUCCCUUCUCCACUGGGCCUUCCCUGGCGGCCCUGCCUGGGGGAAGUACUGGAUGAGGAAGACAAACUCCACCGCCUCGAUGACGAUACCCGGCCCCACGGGCCUCCCUUUCGUGGGGAGCAUGGGCCUCAUGUCGGGCCUCGCCCACCGCCGUCUAGCCACCGCCGCCACCUGUCUUGGUGCAAAGAGACUCAUGGCCUUCUCCAUAGGCGAGACCCGAGCCAUCAUCUCCUCCCACCCCGAUGUCGCCAAGGAGAUCCUCAACAGUCCGGCGUUCGCCGACCGUUCCCCUACUGAAGCAGCCUACGGCCUCAUGUUCCACCGCGCUAUCGGCUUCGCCCCCUAUGGCACCUACUGGCGUACCCUCCGCCGGAUCGCCGCCACCCACCUCUUCUCCCCCAAGCAAGUCGAUGACUUCUCUCCUCACCGCUCCCACAUCGCCGACCAAAUGACAGCUGCUCUUCGGAGAAGCACCCAUAGAGAUGUACAAGUUCGAAGAAUUCUGCGGCGGUCCUUGCUGUGCUACAUCAUGCAGUUUGUGUUCGGUAAGACGUAUGAGUUGUGCUCGGCAAGCGAGGAGAUUGAAGAACUUCUUUGCAUGGUGGAGGAAGGUUACGACCUGCUCGGGAGGAAGAACUGGUCUGAUCAUUUCCCACUUCUUGCUGGCCUCGACAUUCAGAAAAUCCGGUCCAGAUGCUCAAAUCUCGUCAAUAAGGCAUAUAGUUUAUUGUAUCCGAUAAUUGAAGAGCACCGAGCUACGGUAACUGGUGGAAGAACAACAGCACCGGACUUUGUUGAUAUAUUGAUCUCCCUGCAGGAAAGUGAGGGCCUGUCAGACUCUGACAUGGUUGCCAUUCUAUGGGAGAUGAUAUUUAGAGGGACGGAUGCAAUGGCAGUGUUGAUGGAGUGGACACUGGCUCGAGUUGUCCUCCACCCACACAUCCAAGCCAAGGUCCACCAAGAGCUCGAUCAUGUCGUCGGGACUUCCCGGCGCCGGCGGGUGACUGAAACUGAUGCACCGAGACUGGUAUACUUGCAAGCCUUACUGAAAGAAGUUCUCAGGAUGCACCCACCAGGCCCGCUCCAAUCCUGGAGUCGGCUUGCAAUAUCCGACACCCUUGUCGACGGCCAUCUUGUUCCUUCCGGCACGACUGCCAUGGUGAACAUAUGGGCAAUAUGCCGCGAUCCUGAUAUCUGGGAGGAUCCUCUGGAGUUCAAGCCUGAGAGGUUUCUGAGCAAGGAUGGAGACAUGGAAGUGGAGUUCUCGGUGAUGGGGACCGAUCUCCGGCUCGCACCGUUUGGGUCAGGAAGGAGAAGCUGCCCCGGCAAGGGGCUGGCGAUGAGGACAGUCAGCUUCUGGAUGGCUUCCCUGCUUCAUGACUAUGAAUGGCUGCCGUCGGAAGCGAAAGGCGUCGAUCUAUCAGAGGUUCUCAGGCUGUCGUCCGAGAUGGCGGCGCCGCUUGAGGUGAGGGUCCAGCUCAGGCGACAUGCAUGAAUGAAGAAGAUGAUCCUGCUCCCCCCUAGUGCAUACGUCUAGGUGUCUAUGGGAAU